AUGCCACGCUGGUCGACGGCUGUGGGCUGCGCAAGACUAGGUCUGGCCAUCUUGGUCCUGGUUUUCACAUCCGCAGCCACCGCGAUCUGGGGAGGAUACCAGGUCUUUGGUAUUUCGAUUUUCACUGCAUCGGCCAGCUUGGUCAUCUUUGCCUACUACUUCGUCGCCCUGUCGCGCAAGCCCGCCCUCUACAAUCGCUGGGCUGUGUUAGGUCUCGAGAUCUUUGGCGUCUUCUUCUGGCUGCUUAGUUUCGGACUCUUGGCCAAUUGGACCAACGUCCACAAUAGCUUCUGGUUCGGGCAGAAUGGCAGCUACGGCUUCUGGCACGCUCCCUUCGAUCCUUCGGACAUAGGUCUUCGGACGAGAAGCAUUGUCAAGAGAGGCACCAACAAAUACCAUACUGGGGUCGCUUUGGCCGGGACCGCCGCGGGGCUGGGUGGCGUUGAGUUGUAA